AUGAUUCAACAAUUAGAUAAUAUUAAUAUCUAUGAGUUUUUUCAUGAUAUUGAUAAUUUAACAUUUAAUAAUAUUAAUUUGGAAAUUGAAGAUGAUCAUUUUCAAAGAAACUGGUAUUAUUUAUUCUUAACAAUAUUUCCAAUAUCGUGUAUAAUAGGAAAUAUAUUGGUUAUAUUAGCUGUUUUGACAACACGAACACUACAAACACCUACAAAUUAUUUGUUAAUGUCAUUAGCAUUUGCUGAUUUACUUGUUGGAAUUGUUUUAAUGCCUUUAAAUAUUUACUUAUCAAUAAAUCAAUUACGUUGGGAUCUUGGUCCAGGAUAUUGUCAAUUAUAUUGUAUUUUAGAUGUUGCUGUAAGCACAUCAUCUAUUAUUCAUCUUGUUUUAAUAUCAUUUGAUAGACUUGUUGCUGCAACCAAACCAGCAGAGUAUAAAUCAAUUAAACAUAAAAAUAGAAUUUAUAGACUUAUUGUUCUUGGAUGGUUAUUUUCAAUUGCUUUAUCAUUACCAUUAAAUAUUAAACAUAGUUUUGAUGAAACACCUAUUAAUGAAUAUAAUGAUCCUGUAACAUUUAAUAAUUAUAUUAAUUGGGAUAUGAUGAAAGAUAAUCAAAAGAUGUUUAUUAAAGAUAAAAAUAAUCCAUUUAUGGCUGAUAAUCAUUGUGGAAUAUUUAAUCCUAUUUAUAUGUUAUGUUCAUCAAUUUUUGCAUUUUAUUUACCAUCAUUUAUUAUGAUGUUAACAUAUGGAUACAUUUUUUAUAAUUUACGUAAAAGAUUAGCAGCUGUUAAAUUACAUGAAAUGGUGGGUGGACAAUUUAUUGGUUUUGGAGCUGAUGUUAGUAAUAUAACACAAACUGCACUUGGAAAUGUACUUGGAACACAUCCAAAAAAGCGUGUUUUAAUAAGUUGGGAAAAACCAUUGUUAAAAAAUAUUGAAGAAACUGCUGCAGAACAUGCUAGUAGUUUAAAUGAUAGUGAAAGGGAACAGUUGCAAACUAUAUUAGAAGCUGCUGAUGAUAUGUCUGAAGAUGAUGGAAUGUCAAUUACAAUAUCAGAAUCAGAAUAUGACAGACCACCUUCUAUAAUAUUAGAAGCUGUUACAUUACGUGCACCUUCUGAAUCAGGAUCUUCCUCAUUAUCAGUUCCAUCAAUAAAAGCAAAAAAAAAAAUUUCACAAAUUAAUAAAAAUAAUAAAAUUUUAAAAAGUAAAAGAAUGUCAUUAGCUCCAACAUCAUGUGGUGGUGCUACAGUAAAAAAUAUAAUAGAAAAAAGAAGACAUUCAGAGGUAACAAAACAAGAUUCUAUUAAUAGUACAAAUUCAUCUGGAAAAGAUAAUGAAAAUAAAUUAAAACCACCAAAUGAAGAUAGAAGAAAAUUACGUAGAUUAAGUGAAAUAAUUUCUGAUUGGGAUAGAAAUUCUAGACCAUCAUUAUCACAAAUGUAUGGUUUUGCUAGAAGAGAAUCAUUGUAUAUAGCAAGAAAAAAAUUAGCUGGUUUAAAAGAUUGGGCAUUAGAUUUAUUAGGUAAAAUGAAAAAUAAACAAGGAAGAGCAUUAAGAAGAGAAGCAAGAGCAACCAAAUUAGUUGCUACAGUUAUGAUUGUUUUUUUAGUAUGUUGGACACCAUUUUUUACUCUUAAUAUGUAUAAAGUAUACAAAUUAUGGAAAAAAGAUUGGAAUUUAGAUAUGGAGUAUUUUUUUCAUUGGUGUACAGGUUUAGGAUAUCUUAAUUCAAGUUUAAAUUUUUUUAUUUAUUCUGUUAUUAAUCAAAGAUUUCGUUCAAAUUUUAAAAGACUUAUUGGUUUAAAACGACGUAGUAAAAAAAGUAAAACAUGGAUGUUACCACCAAAAAAAAAAAAGAAAACACAAAAUCAUAUAAAUUCAAAUAAAAAUAAUAAUCAAAAUGUAGAAAAUAUUGAAAAUAAUACACCAGAUGAACCACGUAGAAGAUCAUCUUUAUUAUCAAAACUUGGUUUAAGUAAAAAUAAAUGGAUAAAUAAACCAAAAAUAGUGAUAGAUGAAGUAUCAAAAUCUUCACAACCAAAGAUUUCAAUAACAGGUGGUUAUACAACUUUUAACUAUACAUCUGAUGAUUGUAUGAGAAGAAGUAGUAGUGAAAUAAUUGGAGGCGUUAUAUUUCCAUCUAAUUAUGAAUCUCGUAGAAGUAGUGGUAUGAGUAACUCAUCAGCAUCUUUAAUACUUCAUGAUAUUCAUCAAGUUUUAACAAAAAGUGAAUCAAUGGAUCCAUCGGAAAUAUUUGUAUAA